AAGCAUUUUCCUCUCUCCUUCUUCUUCUUCUUCCCUUUUUUUUUUUUUGAGUGAAAGGGAAGCAGAAAGUUUGUCACCUGGCUUUUAUUGCUAAAAUAUUUACACAAAAGAGAGUGAAGUAAAACAGAAUACAAGGAGAAAAAUAUUCACACGAGAGAGUGGAGGGAAAUAGAGUACAAUACAAAGAAAGAAAAUAGAGAAUCCAGAUUGUGAUAAGCGCAACUAUUGAUUACCCCGGGGAUUUAAAAAAAAAGAUGAAGUAGAGAUCACUUAUAGUAAUAAUUUAAUAGUCACGCUUCAGCGGACGCUUGCAGCCACGGGACUAUAGCAGGGGAUCGCAAUUUUUUCGGAGAGUUCCAAAGGAUGUUAUGUCCUGCCAAAUUAGUCAUGGUAUAUAGGUUCUUUGACAUAUAGAAGUCUGACAGGAUUUUUUGUAAAACAGAGAAGCAUUUACCUCUUACUUGAACAAUGCUUCAUUUCUAUGUAUUUGUAGAACCACGCACUUGUUUUUUAAAUAAGCCAGUGUUUGGUUCGAAGGUAGGGAUCCUCUGCAUUUAGGGCAAAACAGGGGGUGGUUUGAUAUUGAAGGAGUCUUGUAUUAUACAAGGAUCGACUAAUGCUCGAUCAUGGAUCAUCCUGCAAGGAAGUGAGUCUCCAAUCAUGUCGCAUAAUACCUGCAUAAGCUGCAAUGGGUCAUCAACUCUGCAAUGUAAGCAUUAGAGGAUUGAUGCCAUUUGAACCUGUCUCUAUUCUUGCAGGCCCUCUAAAAUUUGACGUUGCCGGGUACACUGAAGGCCUGCCAACCUUGGUCUACAACCCAUAUUCUUGGACUAAGGUGUGCAGCAUCAUCUUUCUCGAUUCGCCGGUGGGAACUGGAUUCUCCUAUUCGAGUGUGGAGGAAAGCUACGAGACGGGGGACACCAAAGCGGCCCGACAAGUCCACACUUUCCUUAGAAAGUGGCUUAUUGAUCACCUGGAGUUCCUUUCCAAUCCACUCUACAUCGGUGGAGAUUCGUAUUCUGGUAUUGUUGUGCCUGUUGUUGCUCAAGAAAUAGCAAAAGGUGCUCAAGAUGGAGAUGAACUGCUUUACAAUCUCAAGGGUUAUCUGGUUGGCAACCCAGUAACAGAUGAGAAGUUUGAUAAUGGGGCAUUUGUCCCAUAUGCUCAUGGGAUGGGACUUAUAUCUGACGAACUUUAUGAGUCAACCAAGAAAAGUUGUGGAGGAGAAUAUGCUAGUCCUACAAAUGAACAAUGUGCAAGUCAUCUGCAGUCUAUAAAUAAGUGUAUUGAGGGAAUAAACACACCCCAAAUUUUGGAGCCGGUAUGCUUUUUUGUGAGCCCAAAGCCCAGCAUAGUUGCUGCAUAUAGCAGGAGAUUGCUUAAAGAGGAUAUUAAAGAAUUUCCUUUAUUAAAAGCUGACCUUCCUUUGGAGUGUAGAAGUUCUGGAUACUUGCUCUCCUACUUCUGGGCAAACAAUGAUACUGUUAGAGAGGUUCUCAAUAUUCAUAAGGGGACAGUGCAACAAUGGCAGAGAUGCAACUAUGGCCUACCUUAUGCACACGAUAUCCCAAGUUCUUUAAAGUUUCAUCUAAAUCUGACCAGCAGAGGCCACCGAGCAUUGGUAUACAGUGGUGAUCACGACAUGAUUGUACCCUUUGUGGGCACGCAAGCAUGGAUUAGGUCUCUCAACUUCUCCAUCGUGGAUGACUGGCGGCCAUGGUCAGCAUAUGGGCAAGUUGCAGGGUUCACAAGAACUUACUCAAAUAACCUAACAUUCGCAACGGUGAAGGGUGCGGGACACACAGCUCCAGAAUACCGGCCAAAAGAGUGCUUGGUUAUGCUUCAAAGGUGGCUAUCUGGUGCCCCUCUGUAACAUGAUUAUCCUCCAUAAUUAAGUUGUGAAUAUUGCAAAACCAUCUUGGUGGCACAACUCUCCAAUGUUAGAACCAUUCCUGAUUUCUAGUAAUCUUAUUCAUUUGAAAAGAGCGAAAGAAAAA